UGGGCUAUAAAAAAGGGGAGAGCAGCGUACGGCGAAAGCUACUGUCGUCUUCUCUUUUUGUGCCGCAGGCGAAUUUUAGGGCAUUUUGAGUUUUCGAGUUCGAGGCUGAGGAAAAAGUUUCGAAACCUAACGCAGCAGAGGAUCCUGACAUCAAAUGGCAGACACAGAGAAAGGGAAUUCUAGUGCUGAAUCAAAGAAGAAAAGUGCAGUGCUUGAUGAAGAUUUUGGGAAGGAUUUCCUCAACUUCUGGGGACCAUCAAAGAAAGGGAAGGAUCAAAUGGAUUUUGACAUGGAAGAAGUUCUGCGAAAUAAGAAAAACUCAUUUAAUUUUGAUAAACUUGAUGACUUUGAGCUUGGUGGUGACUUCGGAAAAUUGCAAUCCUUCAAAAUGGACAUGUCUGAUCUGGACUUCUCUAGCCCUGCCAUGAAUGCCAAGAAGGCAGUGGAGAAGCCUAAAGGAAAGCAGGAUAUGAAACAUGAGAAGUUCUCCUUUAAUUUUGAUUUUAACGAGUUGGAUAAGUUUGAUCUUGGUUCAAGCCCCGUGAAAGGUGAUAAGAAAUCCCGCAAAUGUGCUGAUAGCAAUGCAUCUGAUUGUUCUUUUAAGCAUGUGAAGAACCAGGACUCUAGGAGUAACUCUGAAACAAGCACUGAUGCAUUCAAAGAUCUGGAAAAUAAAAAACCGCUAAAAUCAGAUAAUAUGGCUUCUUCGAGACCUCAGAAUUUGAUAACAGCCAGUAUUACAAACGAUUCCCCACCUUCUAUUUCUCAGGAUCUUGAGAAUCAUGACGCGUGUCCCGAAGUGCAGACAUCGUCAGAGAAGCAAAUUUCUGUUGCAGAAGAGGACCCUCACCGUGAAGAUUGCCACGCAGAGCAGCCACAAGAAACAUGCUUAACAAAAAUAAAUUCUGAGAAAAAUACCCAAGAUUUCAUUCUUCAAUCUUUAUCUGGUGAUUGUUCUGCACAAGAGAAUAAUCCACAAUUCAGCAUAGGGGCUACUUCCUCAGAUGCUGUAAAGGCUGAUCCAGCCGAGGAAAGAGAUGAUAGUAUGAGAAUAGCAGACAACUCACGAUCCUGGAGCAGUAGUCCUGUAGCUUCUUACAACAAGGAAAGCUGUCCAAAAAUAGGAGUAACUGAAUUAGCAAAUACCAGUGUUGCUUUUGAGAAACAUUGUAAACGGAAUCAAAGUGAAGUUACUGGGGGAGAUGAGAUUCCCAGUGAGGCAACCAAAGAUCAAAAUGAUAUCCAAAAUGCUUCAUGUACUGACUCUAAAAUCAAUAAUACCAAUGGAAUGAAGAAUGCUGGUGUCAAGCAGAACCCAGUCUCAAAGUUCAUUCCAUCCACACUAGCAAGAGAUUCCAGAGUUGUUAAUCCCAAGUCAUUGAACGAAAAAGUAGCUGCUUCACUACAGUUGACGUCUCUCAGAAAAUCAACAGAUAAUGCAUCCUGGAAAAUUUCAUCAGCUAUGAGAAAGCAACUUGAUACUGUCUGUGAUAACAAACUAAAAACCUCUAAUGCACAUCCAGCUAGUGAAUAUAGAGAAUCAAAACAAACCAAUGAACAAGCUGAAACGUGGAAAACUGGUCUCUUGAAGUCUCAUGGGGAACAUCCAACAAAAGCCACCUCAGAUUUUUCAGGAAGUGAAAGAAAUGAUGACCAGAGUGCAAGUGAUACUUUCAGGGUAGCCAAACAACAUCAUGAACUAGGUGAAACUCAGAACAUUAGCAUUUUGAAGUCAUAUGAAAAGGAGCAAAAACAAGACGUAUCGGCUAUUUCAGGACAGAAAAAUAAAGCACACAAUGAUAUUCCAAUAUUCAAACUUGAAGCCUCCGUAUUGCAGCAAAAGAUUGUUGCAAAAAAUACAGCAAAGAGUAUCAUCCCAAAUUCUGUUUCUAGUGUUGUAUCUGGGAAAAGCUCCAAGAUUGUUCCCAUUGAAAUUAAUCGUUCUUCUACCAAAGUUGACAAAACAUUUGAUAGUAGAUCGAAUAUCUCGAGCAAAACAAAAUUAAACUACAAGACUACAGAAGCAAAAUCAGUGAGAUUUUCUGAGGGCAACUCAGGGUUCUUCUUGCAAACAGAACCCAAAGCAAAUUUUAUAGAGGAGAAAAGUGCAUCUUUGGCCCCACCUUUGAAGCGGAAGUCAUUCGAGGAUUCAACAGAUAAUCCGAAGAAGUUGAAUCCAUUAAAGCGUGUCAUGAAAUUGACUAUUGGAAGGAAAUCCCUAGAAAUUUCUCCAAGAACUGAAAAGGCAGCGCUCUCUGUACCUGAAAAGUUGGAAGCACAUGAAAGUUGUGCUGUAGAUCUGGAUUCAAGUGGCUUUUCUGAGGUGGGAGACUUAACAGGCAUUGAACUUCCAGCACCACUGGAGAAAGAUGACGAAAAAGCUUUUGAUAGUAGAUUGAAUAUUUCAAAUAUAACAAAGUCAAACAGAAAAGUACAGAAUUCUGCAGCGUCAAAAGAAGCUGAUCCAGCAAGAGGUUCUGAGAGCAACUCAGAGUUUCCCCUAGAACCAGCAUCUACUAUGGCAUAUUCUAUCACAGAGAAAAGGGCAACCACACCUUUAAAGCGGAAGGCAUUUGAGGUCCCCGUGACUGAAAAGUUGGAGGCAAGUUAUACUAUUACUUGUGCUGGCGAUUCAACUGGUGCUCCUGAGUUGGGAGGGUUAGCAGGCCUUGAAGUUGUACCAUUAGCGGAGAAAGAUGAAAAUCUUGAGAAAGCUGAAGCCUACAUGAAUAAACUUGAUGAUAUGUGCCACAUGCUGAGAAAGAAACAUGAAGAAGCUAGAGAGUUGCUGGUUCGUGCUGUUGUAAACAAUAACACGCUGAUGAUGCUUAACCAUCCCCUGUUCGAUGAGAAGAUCCGUUCCCUCCAGAACUUUGCCAGCAGCCUGCAGUCCAAGAACUUCUUCUGAACUCCGUUGUUGCUGUUUCCUGAAUGGAGGGACUCGAGACCCAGUACCUGCUUAAACUACUCUAUUUCACGCUUCAAGUGGUUUGAUCUUAGUGUACACAGACAUCUGAGAACUUGAGCAAUAAUUUCAGACCACUAUUUUCUACAGUUUUCUGUUUCUAGUGAUGGAUUUCUGAGCCAACCGAUAUAUGAGCGAUGCUUAAAUUUGGUGCUUGCUGCUGCUAGAGUAAGUUGACGCAUAGUAUCUUCA